AUGUGGUUCUUCAUCCUUACCUCCGCUUUCCUCGUCGCUCAUCUCGCCUUGGCUCAGACUGUUGCAACGGAACUCUACUCCUCAUUGAUCCCUUCCAAGGUUCUAGCCACAGCCAACAAGCUGAACAAUAAAUUUCCUCAGUAUACCGACUCGACUGCAGGUGCUUGGAAAUUGUUCACUGCCAACAAGUGGACCUCUGGCUUUUUCCCAGCCUCGCUGUAUGCGUUGGAGAAACGCAAGAUGAUGUGCGGGGCGUCCUCUGCAAAUGGUCUAAAUGCGGUGGACUGGGCGGAUCUGGGGCGGAAAACGAGUGCUGGGUUGGCCGCCUUGACGAUGAACAACAGUGUUGGACACGACGUGGGGUUUUUGAGUUUCCCGUAUGUGGAUGAACUGAGCAUCCAUCCAACCAACGCAACUACGGCUAAGAUUGUGAACGGUUUUGCGAAAUAUCUAGCCGGGCGAUUCAAUCCUACUGUGGGGUGCACGAGAAGUUGGGGUUCGCCUAACGCUACAGAUUUCACAGUGAUCAUUGAUAAUAUGAUGAACCUCAAUGUCCUCAUGGUCUCUGCGCAAUUAACUGGAAACUUGACGUUGAGGAAUAUCGCUAUCUCACACGCCAACACGACCAUGAAGAACCAUAUACGAGAUGAUGGUUCAACAUGGCACGUAGUACAGUAUACAACCACAACGGGUGCCGUUAGAGAUAAAAGGACUAGCCAAGGAUACUCUGAUAGUAGUACAUGGAGCCGAGGACAGGCUUGGGCGGUGUAUGGGUUCGCAAACACUUCAGUGUACAAUUGGACUGGGAACAACAAUUAUCUGAAGACAGCCCGACAUGCAGCUACAUAUUUUCUGAACACUCUUCCUCCUGAUGGAAUCGUACCAUGGGACUUCAAUGCACCAGUGGCGAAUCGCCCAGCGGAUUCCUCUGCAGCCACAAUCGUAGCAACAGGACUUCUGUUGCUCUCCAAGGUUGAAACCGAUACCGCAAGUAAGAAGAAAUGGUCCACUGCUGCUAUCAAUAUUUUGAACAACAUCACAUCGCUCGCAUGGGAUCCCUCCUGGGAAAGUUUACUGGCGAACGGGACUGUGAAUAAGCCCGGGAACAACUACUUGACAGGUACCGUUUACGGCGACUACUACUACAUCGUUGCGGGCAAUGAACUCAUUUCUAUGGGUCUUGCAAAGUGUCCGUGA